AUGGGUAAUCGUGAGGUUGUUGGAAUUUUGAAAGGUUAUGAUCAACUGAUGAACCUAGUACUUGAUGAAACAGUUGAAACUGUCACUUUGGAAGAACUCACAACUACCCAAAAACCACGAGUUAGAAAUUUAGGGCGAGUCGUUGUUCGGAGUACCAUGCUUUACGAAAUUAAUCCUGCUGAGGGUGUCACAUCUAUUGAUAGUCCAUUCACUGAAGUUGUUCCUGGGGUUAGCGUUCCAACGGGACCUGGGUCUUCUGUGCCUGCCUAA